AGGGGUCAUUAUUUCCUUAAUAACAAGUUUAAUUCAAAUAAAACAGGUGGUCAUCGAAGACCAUUCCACGAAGAACAAAUUCGAAAUCGGAUAAGUUUGAAUUCUAUGCCGAUAUCUUUCGAAAAAUUACUCGGAAUACUCGGUACAGAUUGA